UAUCGUGAUAUAGUCUGUAGUUGUUGUUAUAAUCACAAACGAUCCAGCUAUUCGCUUUCUUAUCUGUCUUGUUUUGAGUGCUAUCAGCCUUCAUUUCGGCUCCCACCAGUUCACUUAUUAUUUAUUCUUCUUCUCCAUUGGACGAAACAGCUUCAAGACACAGAUUUUAAAACAGGCUCGUCGCUCACUUUCUUUGCUUUCUUUCAUUUGAUGGUUUAUUUUCCCACGUCCAAGCUACAACGCAGUUCAUCAACUAUGCCAGGAUACAGCAUCUCCCAGGUGGAUACAAUGAAGUUAUGUGUUGUUAUGGUUGGUUUGCCAGCCAGAGGUAAAUCUUUAAUCGCCAGAAAAAUUGUUCGUUAUUUGUCGUGGCUAUCAAUCACUGCAAAAUCCUUUAAUGUUGGAGAGUAUCGUCGUGGGUACCAAUCUCACCCUACAGCAGAGUUUUUUGACGAUGAAAACUUGGAGAGCUUAAAAAUUAGAAAACAAGCCUUGAAAUUAGCUUUAGAUGAUCUAAUUGACUGGUUCAAUAAUUCAAAUGGAAUGGUUGGUGUUCUUGAUGGUACAAGUAUGACACGAGAAAAAAGAGAAUCCAUAUACAACAUUUUAAAAACGAACCAAAUUCAACCAUUGUUUUUAGAGAGUUUCUGCAAUGACCAAGAAACUAUUAUGCAUAAUAUUUUAGAUGUUAAGAUGACUUCACCAGAUUAUAUUAACGACGAAUCAAAAUCAGAUGACAAUAAAAUUGAUAGCGAAAUGAAGAUUAACAUAAAAGAUCCUGAAUUUAUCAUAAAUGACUUUUUAAAGAGAAUCAGCUAUUUUGAAAAGUCAUAUGAACCAUUAGACCAACAAAAGGAUUCCGACAAAUCCUUUAUAAAAUUAAUUAAUGUCGCUCAGCAAAUCAUCAUAAAUAGAAUUGAGACAUAUUUACAAAGUAGAAUUGUUUAUUUUGUCAUGAACUUACAUAUUAAACCAAGAACAAUUUGGCUAUCAAGACAUGGUGAAUCAAUGUACAAUCUUGAAGGCAAGAUUGGUGGUGAUGCUGGUCUAAGUCCAAGAGGUUUAAAAUAUGCUGAGAAAUUGCCUGAGUUAGUUAGACAAAGCGCUGGUUAUAGAGAUUUAACUGUUUGGAUUUCCACUUUAAAGAGAACUGCAGAAACAUCUCAGCACUUGCCAUACAAAAAACUACAAUGGAAAGCCUUGGAUGAAUUGGAUGCAGGUGUUUGUGAUGGAAUGACCUACGAAGAAAUUGAAAACAAAUUCCCAGAAGAUUUCAAAGCAAGAGAUGAUAAUAAAUAUGAAUACCGUUAUAGAGGUGGAGAAUCAUAUAGAGAUGUUGUCAUUAGAUUGGAACCAAUUAUCAUGGAAUUGGAAAGACAAGAAAAUAUUUUAAUUGUUACACAUCAAGCAGUAUUGAGAUGUAUUUAUGCUUAUUUUAUGAAUGUUCCUCAAGAAGAAAGUCCCUGGAUGUCGAUUCCUUUGCAUACAUUGAUCAAGUUGGAACCAAAAGCCUAUGGAACAACUGUCACAAGAAUCAAAGCUAAUAUUCCAGCCGUCAGCACUUAUAAAGAAAAGGGAACCAGCCAACUAGGUGAAGAUUUGACUGAUACUUCUAAUAAAAGCAAAAAUAUUAUUAUAAGCGCUAAAGAAGAAUUGUUUAAUGGAACUCGAUAAAUUAGCAGAGAGUAAUAUAAUGAUAUUGUAAUAUUAUACAAUAAUUAAUCAAAAAUCAGUUUUUUGUUUUUUAAUUUGUUUGUUUGAUCUUUAUCCCAAUAUCCAUUAAUAUAUUUCAUAUAAUUUUAUCUGAUUUUUUGCCAUAAUUGAUUGUUUGCCACUUUUUUUUCUUAUGCUAUUCACAUCAGUUAUUUAUGAAUUCUAUAUAUUGUUUUUAGUUUCUUUUUCUAUUUAAUCCACAUAGAUUUCUUCCCAA